AUGGAUUCCGAUGGCACUCAAAUGAAAGUCAACGAAGAUUUGGAAAAUGGAUCACUUAACGAUGAUGUCGAGAUAUGCCCACACGUUAAAGAGGCGGUGAAAGUGAACAAAUUAAAAAAUAACAUCAAGCAAGGAAAAACUAAUCUUGUGGACGCGCAGUGUGGGAAAUGUGCGCCGCAAGUCGAAGGAAUUCAGGAAACACCAGAUCUCACGGAUGGCGACAAUAUUACCUCUGAAAAGGAAACAGUACCACCGCAGAUAUGGCUCUGUCUUGCUUGUGGUAAACUUCAUUGUGGUCGCUAUGAUAAAAAACAUGCAAUUCAACAUUUUAACGAAACUAAGUCACAUACGAUUGCAAUGAAACUGGACAUGACCGAGACCUGGUGCUAUGCAUGUGAUAAGCCGGUGAUUUCUUCUACUGGAAAAAAUCAAGUUAUCAAUCAGGCACGAAAUGUUAUUUCAAAGAUUUUUAAGUCGGAUAAUAAUAUCAAAGCCUCAGACCACGUACUACCAAAAAAUGACGUGAACGCUCGCUACCAAACUGCCGCUCCUGGAUUGGCAAACCUUGGCAACACUUGUUUUUUUAAUUCAGUUAUGCAGGUCGUGGUCGCGACUUCAGUUUUGCACGAUAUCCUCCAACCUGACAGUCCGUAUCGAGAAUAUCCUCUCAUAAAGGCUGAACAGUGCCCUGCAGCCGAGGCUGAAGAAGUAGGUCCGUUAACUGAUGCGUUUAAAAAGUUUUUGGAAAUUAUGUGGAGACAACAAGGAGGAAUGGUCACUCCUCGCGAAUUGUUCUCCGAAAUAGCGAGAAAAUGGCAACAGUUUCGUGGAUGGAGACAACAAGAUAGCCAAGAGCUAAUGCGUUUUAUGUUUGACGGUAUUAAAUGUGAGGAGUUUGAGUUCAUAAAAAAAAUACAACCUCGUGAAACAAAGGAAGAGGAGAUAACAACGGAAGAUAAUGAAUUGUCCAGAGAACAAGAUGAUUCUUCCAGCGAAAAAUCUCUACAACAAAAGCCAGAAUCUUUCAUUGAUAUGUGCUUUGGAGGAAAGCUAGUUAGUGUCAUUGUUUGUGACACUUGUAAAAAUGAAUCUUAUUCAUAUGAAGAAUUUUUGGAUGUAUCAUUGCCGAUAAAAUCUCCUUUUAGUGAAGAUCAAAAUAAGGGAUCUAAACAGAUUUCUCUCAGUAAAAGAUUUACUAAUUAUUUCUCGAGGAAUCGAAGUAAUGACAACACGUCUCUACAAGAGUCACCUACGGACGAUUCUUCUCGAAGUGGUGAUGAUGACUCUAGCGAUGAUGGUUCCGAAGAAGACGGUGAGUUCGAAGAUAGCAAUAGGGAUGAUGAUUCUGAAAAUGGAAUAGGAAUCGCGACUAUUUCAAAAGAUCGAAGAAAGCGAAUAAAAAUGCUUCUCAGGGAACCAACAAGGUCUGGUCGGUCUACACCAAAUUCUACUAAAGAUAUAACUCUUGUCGAUUGUCUCGCGAGUUUCAUGAAAGUUGAAACUUUGGAUGGAGAGAAUCUUUUUGCAUGUGAACAUUGUUGGAAAUCACAGAAUCCAUCUGAGGAACCAAGUAGUAAUGGUACAAGUGGAGAUUCUGUGGUGAAAGAACAAUUGAAUGAAAAAAGUGAUCAAAUUGGAAAUCAUGUUGAAACUCAGGAUUCUUUGGGAACGCAAUUGGAUGAAGAAGAUAUUUACCCUGCAGCGGUGGAUGACACAUUUUCGGAAACCACACCCAACGAUACGUCUGAUCCAACAAUGAUUGAUGAUUCACAACCGUCAGAAUCCGCACCAAUGAAUAUUUCUUCGGAUGACCAGCAUUCAUCGCCAGAAACUACGCCCGAGUCUUCGUCCAAUCCACUAAUAAUUGUUUCUUCGGAUAAUCAUCUGUCAUCAGAAACUACACCUGAAUCUUCGUCUUCUGCACAUACUAUGAUGAAUGAUACGCCGCUAUUGUCAUUGUCAGAAUCUACUAACGAUUUACCUCUAGAUGGUGAACGAGGUGAACGGUCUUCAGACACCAGUGAUGAUUCAAAUGAUCAAACAGCUGAUCAACUUAGUUCGACGAACUAUACUAAUAAUGACCUUGAAUCGCUUUCUGUUGAUAAUAUGAUGUCAUCCGCAUUGCCUUCGUUUUCGAAACCCUCAAAUAAGGAAUCUCAGCCUCAGCCUCAAAAAUACAUACUUAGGAAAGCAUAUAAACGUUAUCUAUUUGACUCCUUACCUCCAGUACUAGUUUUUCAUUUGAAACGUUUUCAGCAAGUCGGAGGUCGAUUUUCUGUCAUACAUCUAGGAAGCCUUUAUAAUGGACAUUACAUUGCUUACGUUCUUUCAAGGAAUAUUGUUCCAAUGAGAGAGCAAUAUGGUAUCCCAUAUUUAUCCGAUGAACAAGUCGAGAAGAUAUCGGAAACAGUGAGUGAAGGGCAAAGGCAAUGGAUUUAUUGCAGUGAUAGUUCAGUGCGUGCAGUAAAUGUCGAUGAAGUUCUUAAAAGUAUGGCUUAUCUUUUAUUUUAUGAGCAAGUUCAAUGA